CAUCAUACAUUUACAUGGAGAUUAGGUUAGCAGACAUUUCAGGUGUUCUCCCCUCAGUAUGAGCCACUGGCAUGAUACACAGGAUAAAUGCCUCAACAAUAUUGAUAGCUGGUUUAAUUCAGCAUUUCAUUUUCCGCCUUCUGGGUACCCACUCCCCAGCUGCUCUCCAUUUCGUCUGUUUGUAUCUGGAAAAUGCAUCUCUCCAUAAUGAUUUUUUUCCCCCCCUUUUAUUCUGAACAGUUGUAUGAAACGUGGCUUUUCUUCUUUGCGAUACGUUUGGUGUGUUUGAGAAUUAUGUGGUAGCUGAAAUAGCAGAUAUUAAUCACUGAAGGCAGUUUCAAAUAAUUCUUUGGGUGCGUAGCUUGGUGGUAUGGAGUUGAGGGAAUCUACGUCAGAGCAGUUUAACAAAUUAGAAAAUUAUGCUGCCAAAGCACAUUGUCUUUGUUUACGAGUGCACUGGAUACCCUUUCCAUUCUGUCACACCCAACAUCGUUAGCAUCCGAAGUGGAUGGCGAGUUAAAAAUAGCGGCCAUACAUAAUCUGAUCACUAUUUCACAUCCUGGUGCAAAGGCCAGGGAGUGGACUCGACCUGGCCGGCCACUAACACAGUCCCCCGAAAGUCUGUCAUAAUCCACUUUUGAAAUAUGUUAAAACCUAGCGUGAGUUUCAAGGCUGUCUGAGACAUUCUUUAUCGCUGCAUAAAAACUCAGUGGUGAUCUGAGGGAGUGUCAUUCGCGACGUGGGCUACACAAGAAGCUGAAAGAGCACCUAUUUCUCUGUAAACUGAAAGGCAAAACCAGUAUUUUACACAACAUGAGAGCUGCAUCUUAUACCCAGAAGAGCCUGCAAGUUAGCAGCUCUGGCGGCAGAGUAAGGGUCCAGAGCCCGUCACCAUCCCGGUGCCGUGGAUCUUCAUUUGACAGCCGUGGACGCUCGGGUUAUCGUGGAACUGCCAUCGAGUUGGGCACUGAGAUACACCAGCAGCAUGCCAAUGAGAAAGAGGAGAUGCAGGAACUCAAUGUUAAGUUUGCAGGAUACAUUGAGAAGGUCCAGGCACUGGAGCAGAAAAAUGCUUCUCUUCAAGCCCAGCUGGAUGUGCUGCAGAGCCGCUACAAGGGAAGCCCAUCAGGCAUCGGAGAAGAAUACGAGCUCAAGUUUAAAGAGGUGCGGGAGCUGAUUGAGACCCUUACUCAUGAGAAGGGAGCAGCUGAUAUCGAACGUGGCUACAUUGAGGAAGAGGUUGAAGUGUGGAGACUAAAGCUGGAGGAGGAGCUGGCCCUCAAAGAAGAAGCAGAGCUGAUUCUGACGGAGUUCCGACAGGAUGUUGACAAUGCCACGCUGCAGAAGGCUGAGUUGGAAAAGCGCAUAGAACAACUGGUGGCUGAGAUCGAGUUUCUCAAGAAGCUGCAUGAUGAGGAGGUGGCUGACCUCAUGAAGCAGAUCGAGGACUCAAAAAUUACAGCUGAGCUGGACGGUGAUCGUCCUGACCUGGCUGCUUAUCUGCGCAACAUGCGUGCAGAGAUAGAGUCAGUCGCUGCCCGUAAUGUGCAAGAAGCCGAGAAGUGGUACAAGAGCAAGUUUGAUACUCUAAAGGAGCAUGCUGGCAAACAUGAGGAUCACAUGAAAACCAUGAAAGACGAGAUCACAACCUUCCACAACCAGGUGACAGACCUGCAGAACCAGAUUGACGGUCUGAGGGCUCGCAAUGCCGCCCUGGAGCAGCAGCUGGAGGACAUGGAGAUGUCCCACAUGGAUAAGGUGGUGAACCUAGAGAGUAUCAUCGCUCAGCUGGAGGGUCAGCUCUGUGAUACCAAGCUGGAGAUGACCAAGUAUCUUCAAGAUUACCAGGAACUGUUGCACAUUAAGCUCAAGUUGGAUGCAGAGAUCGCAACUUAUAGGAAGCUCCUGGAAGGAGAAGAGCAGAGGCUUGGAAUUCCCAAAGAUGCCUAAAUAUCCAGGAAGAGAGCAGCAGCAAAUCCCAACAAGCAACAAAGAAAAUUAGCUCAUUAUAGCUCAAAAUGAUUGUAAAAGCUUCCCUGUGUUCUCCUUACUCGUAGGGCUGGGUAUUUGAAAUUUUUCAGUACCAGUGUCAAUAUGACACCUGUGUCUCAGCACAGA